CACUAAAUUGGGGAAAGGAUGAAUCGUUAUCCAAUUAGAAUAUGCCCCCAAGGAUCCACACCUGCAAGUCCUCUGCCCACAUUCCUCAAAAAGGGACUUGCGGCUUAUCAUUGGUCCUAUGCAAGUGCUCUAGGCGCCAUCACUCCUUCCUCGGCGCGUAGAGAUCCAACCCCGUGUGCCGCGAACUGCCCCGCUCCUGGCCCCCUGCACCUUCUUCACUAAAGGUACCUAACCCUACGGAUAGAAGAGCUUCCCGGUCCCUGUUGGCCCCGCCCUUGCCGAAUGGAAAGAAAGGCACCGCGAGCUCCUCACUUCAGUUUUUACUCAACGCAACGUCG